AUGCCUGAGACCGCGUCUCCCGACAACGACGUGCCCAUCGCGGAUCCCCAAGCCCACGAAACAAGCACCGACUUCAAUAGCUUGCACAAGGACGACGUGAUACCGGUUGAUUUGGAGGCGGUCGACGUUUCUUAUGAAGCCGGCACGAGUGUGCAGGCGAGCGCGGACGCGCCGGCGCUCAUAAAUGGCCAUGGAGGGAACCAUGAAGGGGAUGGCAGACCGGCGAAGAGACGAAGGACCCUGAACAGUACCCCUCCUCCUCUACCGUCGUCUUUAAAAAAGCCUAAACCCAUAUCACCCCCGUGGAAGAAGAUUGGCGCCGAAGGGCCUACCAGUUUCACUGAGAACGGCCGUCGCAAAUCAGGUCGAAUCAAUACUUUACCACUAGAACUUCAACCGCAAGGCAAAAAGAGAUUGACUAGGCACUCGCUAGGCUCCAAAAGUUCUGCAACGCAAGCAAAAAAGGCAGAUACAACACCUGUCAGACCGCCUAACAACAAAGUGAGUUCGCAGAAGAAACGUGUAGGGACGCCCAAAUCGACAUUGAAAAGGCCCGAGCCGCCAACUUCCAGAGCCUCCUCUCGGUCUCUUCGGCGCCGCACACCAUCUCCACCAGCUCAUCCUACCAGAAAAUCCACAAGGACUAGACGGAGCUCUCGCGCUGCUAAUGUUUCAGAUGCCGAAGGGGAAGUCUCUACUCCAGCCUAUGACCCCCCUUGCCAUUUCCACGAUGGCAGCGGACGAUCUCCUCGAAUAAAACUGCUAGUUGGGCGCGCUGGCUUUAUUCCGCUGGUUCACGCAGAUCAGGUUCGCAAGCGGCCCAAAAUUGGCGCCAGCUUCGAAGAUUUUUGGGCACGGGCCGGAGCCAUCCCAGUGGAGGACGGUGGGCUUUUCGCUUCUGAAGAUGGACCAAUCUAUACUGAUGAGGCCGCCGCAAGAGACGCUCGUUUGAUAGCGCGAAUUGAGGAAGAGGUCCAGGGAGACGGCAUCCUCUCACUCGGUCGCUGUUCAGCAUUCAUACCCGAAGAGGAAGAGGAACCCACUCGACAAUACGCUCGUCAAGAUCAUAUCAUCAAAGCUAUGGCAAAUUUUCGUAAGCUCUUGCUUCUGGAACAACAGCGUCACCGUGCCAUAGCAAAGAAACUUGCAGAAGCGUGCCGUGAUGCAUGGAUAAGUAGACAACCCAAGUCAGCAGAACAGCUCGAAGCUGAAGCACGACAGAAAUGGAUUGUUCAUUAUCGAAAUGUAGUCCGCGCUAUGCUUGGUACUUGGGAAAAUGUCCGCGCUCAAGUGAACCGCCGUCGCCUUGAACAAUGGGAGGCAGAGGAGCAGAAGCGUGUCAAGGCUGCUCUCAACGAGGCAGUGAACCUCUCAGAGCAAAAGCUGCAGGCUCGCCGUGGGUUGGACUCUGAACAGAUAUCGGAUGAUGACGAUGGUUUUGAUGGCCUCAGUGACGAUCCUAGCACAAUGGACGAUGAUGGCAUCAAUGAAUCGAAUCUAGCAUCGGACAGUGACGGCGACGAGGAAGAUCUCGAUAGUAACAAUAUGUCAACAUCUGAGGAAGAGGAAGAAGGCGUGGACGGGAUUAACAAGGAUGUCGGAGAUGAAGGUCUUACGCAGGAGCAGCUGAGAGCAAAGUACGCCAAUCUACCCGACCUCAAGCUGCCAGAGAAGCAGACAAGCACAGUUGCUGCAGCAAGCGAUGCCCUGACUGACGUCACGGACGUCGACAGCGAAACCAGUGACGAGUCAGUUGAUAUGGAUGAUGAUUUGGGCUCAAGCGACAUGGCUAGUGACGAUGGCGACAAUGGUGGCGAUGAGGAUGACAGUAGCCAUGAGGAAGGAGACGAGGAUGCCGGUGGUUUGCUUAGCCUCUUAUUUGGCGAAUCAGACCUCAAACAGAUGAGGCAAGCGGCUACAAAGCAACGGAGCGAUGACACCGAUUCUACUGCUGCUUCUUUUGGCCUUGGUCAUGAUGAGGUAGAAGGCGAUAAUUUCUCCUUGAAACAGGAACUCGACGAGAAUGUGUCCCCAGUAUCACCGCCAAUCGCAGAUGCCAAGCCGUUACUAAAUGUUCACGACCCCCCAGGAGAAUCUCUGAAGGAGGGUUAUGCGAAUGGCGAGCCCUCCACAGUCGUGAGCAAAGUACGGGAAGGUCCAAAAAUUAAAUAUUCUGACCCAAAGACAGCUGGUGGGGUGGUGGUUCCUCAGUCCUUGUCACCAAAAGAAGAUGCGACAAUGUCCGACACUCAAGCAGAGCAUAGUGUCCAGCCACAUGGUACUCCGCUGAUUUCGAACCUGGAUAAACCCACCAGCCCAGAAACAGAACCGGUCACUACUCCCACCAGUCCUCGACGUAGCCAGUCGCCGCCCACGUCGGACACAAGGCCCUCUGAAGUCGACGCCUCAUCAGCAGAACUUGGUCUUGCAAAUCAGCCAGGAAGGCGAUCAACAACCCCUCACACGCCGUCUCCUCAUAAAACUGAAAUUCCAUUUCUCCUCCGCGGAACUCUGCGUGAAUAUCAACAUGACGGUCUGGAUUGGCUUGCUGGUCUCUACGCCAACAAUACCAACGGCAUUCUUGCAGACGAAAUGGGUCUAGGUAAAACUAUCCAAACUAUUGCGCUCCUGGCACACUUGGCUUGUUAUCACGAAAUCUGGGGCCCGCAUCUGGUAGUCGUUCCCACUAGUGUCAUGCUUAACUGGGAGAUGGAAUUCAAGAAAUGGUGUCCAGGAUUCAAAAUCCUUGCUUAUUAUGGAUCCCAGGACGAGCGGAAGCGGAAGCGCCAAGGUUGGAAUAAUGACGACGUUUGGAACGUUUGUAUCACAUCAUAUCAGUUGGUACUCCAGGACCAGCAAGUAUUCAAACGUCGAAGAUGGCACUACUUGGUCCUGGACGAGGCCCACAAUAUCAAGAAUUUCAAAUCCCAAAGAUGGCAGACACUACUCGGCUUCAACACCCAGGCUCGCCUUCUACUCACAGGCACACCCUUACAGAACAAUCUUACAGAGUUGUGGUCACUUCUCUUUUUCCUCAUGCCGGCCGAAAAUGGAGUGGGCGGCUUUGCAGACCUGCAAGAAUUUCAAGAUUGGUUCCGCAAGCCCGAAUCCCAAAUUUUAGAAAGCGGCAGAGACCAAAUGGAUGAAGAGGCAAGGGCCAUCAUUUCCAAGCUUCACAAAGUCCUUCGUCCGUACUUGCUGCGCCGCCUGAAAGCGGACGUUGAGAAGCAAAUGCCGGCCAAGUAUGAGCACGUUGAGUUUUGUCGCCUGUCAAAACGGCAGCGUGAACUUUAUGACGGGUUUCUUUCAAGAUCAGAUACCAAAGAAACUCUGUCAUCUGGAAAUUAUUUAUCUAUUAUCAACUGUCUGAUGCAGCUGCGCAAGGUUUGCAACCACCCAGAUUUGUUCAUCGACCGGCCAAUCAUGACGUCUUUCCGCAUGUCUAAAUCGGUCCCCGCUGAAUACACCACUACGGAACGCAAGAUUCGAUCACUUCUGGGGAACACACCUAUGAGCACAGUCAAUCUGGGAUUCUUGAAUCUGGUGCCCACCCAGCACGAGCAUUUAGCCAGCGCGAACGCGGAUCGGAUCGCUCAGCUUAGUUCGCAUCGAGCCUUGAUGGACUUGCGCGAGGCACAAAAAGCCAGGGCUCAGGCCGCAUACACGAUUAUUGAUCCCUCCACGGUAGGCUCCAGCAUUUCCUAUCUAGAGAGCGGAGCACGAUGGGGUCGGUUCGAAGAACUUCAGCAUUGCGUGUACCUCAAUGCUCUCCGCCGGCAGCAGCGACCAAUAUAUGGUAAAGAUGUCAUUGAUCUCGUGUCGAUAAACGCGUACAAGCGGCCUUGUAGGCCCAAGCCCAAGAUUCCUCAAAAGAUAAUGUCCUGGUUCGAGGGCGACCUCGCCUCUGUCCGUGCUUUGACGCCAACCCUCGGCCAACGCACCGAUACCCUAAAAUCUACAAUUUCCAAGUUCUCGUGCGUUACACCCCCGAUUGUAACCCGAGAUUUGGAGCAGGUAUUGUUGGGUCACAAAGCUGUGCAAGCUUUUACGGAUGAAGAUCUCAGGCUCUCGGCUCCUGUGCGAUGGGCUCCUUUUCUGCCCAAGGAAGUACCACCUGACCCUUGGCAUGAAUCUCGAAUGAGACACAGCAUUCAGUUUCCGGAUAAAAGACUGCUUCAAUACGACUGUGGAAAGUUGCAAGUCCUGGAUAAGCUACUCCGCAAACUGCAAGCCGGAGGCCAUCGAGCGUUGAUAUUUACACAGAUGACCAAAGUUCUGGAUAUCUUGGAGCAGUUUCUCAAUAUUCACGGUCACAAGUAUCUUCGUCUCGAUGGCGCGACCAAGGUAGAGCAGCGGCAGAUCUUGACAGAUCGAUUCAACAAUGACUCUCGCAUUUUGUGCUUCAUUUUGUCGACGAGAUCAGGCGGUCUAGGUAUCAAUCUAACUGGUGCUGACACUGUCAUCUUUUAUGACCAAGACUGGAAUCCCGCCAUGGACAAGCAGUGCCAGGACAGAUGCCACCGUAUCGGCCAGACACGAGAUGUGCACAUAUACCGGCUUGUUAGCGAGCACACUAUUGAAGCAAACAUUCUACGAAAGGCGUCACAAAAGCAAAUGCUGGACGACGUGGUGAUACAAGAGGGAGAAUUCACCACGGACUAUUUCAACAAGAUGUCUGUCAGAGAAGUGUUGGAGGACAAGGUAGAUUUCACCAGUGAAGGCGUUGCCGCUGCUGACGCCGCGCUGGAGAGAGUCCUGGGCGGCCCUGAUACAAGCAGAGACCAACGAACUGUAGGCAGAGCUCUUGAGCAAGCUGAAGACAGGGAAGACAUUGCAGCAGCGCGGGUGGCUGAAAGGGAAAUCCAAGCGGACGAUGCCGACUUUACCGAAAAGACCAUUGGUCCGGCCUCAGGCACGUCGACGGCCCGGCAAGGCACGCCGGCUGGGAAGUCGGUCAUGGACGGCGGCUUGGACCUGGAGGAGAUGGCACAGAUUGGUAAAAGCGAAAUGCAGUACAAUGCAUCUGGUGAUGUGAUGGGCAAUAUCGAUCAAUACAUGCUCAAGGUCAUGGCAGAGGAGCUGAAACAUACGAAGUUGGAAUUGCCAAAGGACAAGAAAAAGAGCAAAAAGAAGGGCCGAGACACGAGAAAGCGCUGA